AUGAAAAUAAUUAUUCCAAAAAUAGAAUUAUAUAUUUACUUUUCUUUAUGGAUAUUUGCAAAUAUAUAUUCUCUGUAUAAACUAAUAGAAAAUCAGAGAGAUAUAGUAGAGAAAGAAGAAAAGGUUGUCUUUUCUUUAAGUGACUUACAACAAGGUUGGAGCUUAUUAUCAAGAUACAAAGAUGGUUCAGAUAUUGAAUGGAGUAGCUGGAAAUACUUUCUUCAAACUUCAUGGCCUUACUUGAUUUUUCAGUUUGUGAUUUCUGAGGUCAUACGUGAAGCAUAUAUUUCCGUUUUGAAGUAUUGGUAUAUAUUAUCAAGUAUUAUUUUUGUCACAAUUUACAUGGGAUAUAAACAAUUAUUGAUUAUAUUUGCUCAACCAGUGAUAUAUGCUUUGAUAUUACUUUUCGGAGGAAAAAAAUUGAGUAUUUGGAUCACAAGUGUAAUAUUAUUGCUAAGCUACAAUUCACUGAAAUAUAAAUACUAUUUUUGGAGUUUUUUGGAUCAUGAUGAUAUGUAUGAUGAAGAGGUGUAUCUUAUUUUAUUUAGUGUUGCCUGGAUUGAACUACGAUGCAUAAGUUAUUCCCUAGACUAUAUUGACAGUAAAAAUGCAAGAUUAUUGAAAUUUGAUGAUAUUGUCAAAAUGUUUAGUUACAUAUUAUACUUGCCUUUACUUUACAUGGGUCCGAUAAUACUUUAUGACGAGUUUGAAAAAAGUUUUACAACCAAUAGAGAAAAGUUGAAAACCAGGAUAAAGAGAUUUGCUAUAGACAUAGUACUUUUUCAGCUGUAUACAUGUGUUUUGGAUUUAUCUUUACAUUAUAUAUACUUUUUUGCUAUGCAAAAUAAUAUGGAGUUGAUUAGAAAGCUUCCGACAGUUGCACUUUGCGGUGCUGGGUUAUGGAUGGGUUUGGAAUUUCACAUGAAGUAUGUUGUUUCAUAUGGUACUACUGCAGCAUUUUCUAGACUAGAUAAUAUGGUUCCACCACCUACUCCAAGAUGUAUAGCUAGAAUUCACGUUUAUUCUCAGAUGUGGCGUUAUUUUGAUGUUGGACUUUACAGAUUUUUAGUAAAAUAUAUAUACAAACCUGGGUAUGGACUGUUAUGUAAGUGCAAUCAUUUACCAAAAGUCAUCCACAAGCUACUGGCAUCACUAGUUACUUUUACUUUCAUUUUUGUAUGGCAUGGAAUUGUAUGGCAUAUACUUAUUUGGUCAGUAAUAAACUAUUUAGGAAUUACGCUAGAACAUAUAGGUAAAGCCAUUUCAAAACAAAAAAUAUAUGAAAGUUUUAAAACAAAUAUUUUAAAAACUAAAGCCAUGGAGGUGCGAUUUAUAGCUCUUUUAUGUUCACCGUUACUAGCACUUUCUGCAAUAUCAAACUUUUAUUUAUUUGCUGGUAGUGAUGUCGGUAAUUUAUUUGUUGAAUCUUUUACUCAUCCAUCAUUUGUAAAUUCUUUUCUAUUAAUUUUAGCUUUAUAUUGUUGUUGUCAUGUUUCCAUAGCUCUGGAAGAUGUUCCAACUAGAAACAGUUCUUUAAAAAAUAAGUAAAGAAGUUUUUGUU